AUGACGCUCUCCGUAGCAGAUAGCGGCUCCUCAACCGUGACUCUCGUCUCCGACACCCGCGUCUUAUGGAAAGACAACCCAGGGGAUCCGACCUCCUCCAGCACCUCUCGCUGCCCCUCCCUCUUUCCCAUCGACUUCGAGUUCCCCCAUACCUAUACGCUCGGCGACAAUCACUGGCGCAUGCCGCCCUCAUUCGAGGUGUCGUUCCUCGGCAUACCCGCCUUCUUCGUUAGGUGCCUCUUUACGCUUAGCGUGACGAUUACGAGGGCGAGGAAGUUGAAGGGCGUCGCGUGGACGACGAGCAAAACGUACAUCACCCUCGUGAACCACCGCCCGCGCAUACGCCCGCACCGCCCGAUCGUGAUGCUCGACAGCGUGUUCGCGUCGAUCAAGCCCGUACCAGAGGAGUGGAUGCAGGUCGUCGGGAAGAUGGGCGUGCGGCCCAAAUCUGGGAUGAGGCCUAUUGAGUGCCAUCUCUUCGUGCCCUCUGUCCAGACGUACGCGCUGUCCGACACGAUCCCGUUCCACCUGCAGAUUAUCUCGUCGCGGAGAUCUCUCCGCGAGCUCCUCCCGCCCUCGUCUGCCCUCCUCCGCACGCACUUUCGGCGUCCCUCUUCCUCUUGUUCCUCCUCCUCGCCCUCGCACCACGCACCUUCCCGCCCCUCUUCCGAGUCGGACAGGGAUGCAUACUGGGAGCACGACCAUGAGUCAAACACGUACGUCGGCACGGGAUCGUUCGCUAUCCGAGUGACGAUCGCACGGCAGGUGGUGGUGGAGAUAAAUGAGCGGAGGCGGUUCCGGACGUUCACACUGGGGCUGGGGCGGAUGUGGAGCGUGCCGCCUGGGUGGGGUGUGUGCUCUUCUGCGGGCUGGGCGGAGGAGAAGUGUGGGAAGGGUGGGUGGGGGAGCUUGAAGGAGUGGGCGCGUGUCAAAGAUGCGGGUGGAAAGGAGGGAAAGGAGGCAGAGGAGGAGGCAGAGGACGCGGAUGUGUGUUUGGACUGGCAGGGCGAGGUGAAGUGCUGGCCUGAGGUGACGGCGGGUGGGUUUACCGCGAGCAAUCUGUUCGUUAAGGUGCGUUUCUUCCGCGUUCCGACGCGUUUUGCUGGUGGCUUACUGGUUGGUUUUUCUUUCCGUUGCGUUGACGUGCUCUCUGCUGUUGACACACACUUCUCUGCUGACUUUUCCCCUCGUUAUCGCCCUCGACUCGACUUUCGUCCCGAUUCGCGCGCACUCUCUCUGGAAAUCUCGACCUUCUCGACAUUCGCCGUUGAUGACUCUACCAUUCACUCUGUUCAUUCCGUCUCUUCCUUGUUCUUGUCCGCGUCAACGGUCGGUGUUGGGUGUGUCCGAUCUUUUCAACAUCUGUCGAAACGUCCAAUGUCCAACAGGACUUUCUCGUUCUCGCGCUGA